GCAGCAGCGAUGUUCGUGGUGGUGAAACGCUCCCUCGACAAUUGGCAAUCACAGUGAGAUGUGCUGUUGCUAUGGUGAAAGAACGAGGAAAUGGAGUUGUUUUUUUUUUAAUGAUGGUUUAUGUUGAGGAAGAGGAAAUCGGAUGCUGAGGUUGCCCAUAACAACGCGGGGAGGGAGUGACUCAUCCAGUGAUGUGGAUGGUUCUCCUCGCGCACAGCAUCAUGUCAGUCAACUCGCAGUCUCCGAUGGGCACGGGCCGUGUGCCAAAACAGACCGCUUUCGAAUAAGGUCCAAAAUUGCCUAUAAUGCUGCAUUUCCGCCACAAGUUGCCCGCCGGGGGAGCCGUGGUCCUGCUCGCCGUCCUCCUCCAUGGAUGCGCCGUGCGGGCUGCGUCUCUCCCCCGCCACUACAGGCUCCGAGGCGGGGAGAGCGAGGCGCAGCCGGCCGCCUACCCGCCGAGCGCCGACAUGAUCAAAGCCCUGGAGUACAUCGAGAACCUGAAGCAGAGGAACGGAGGGCGGCCCGAGCCCGCGGAUUACGACGAGGUGGAGAAGUUCAAGAUCCUGCUGCAGCUCGCCUCGCAGCAGGACGAGGGUCCCGGCGACCGCCAGCCCGCCCCCGGCACGCAGAGGCAGGACAUCACCGCUGAGCAGCUCAUGAAAGCCCUGCUCCGGUCCCUGCAGGACCAGGCGGGCAAGGACGCGACGCUCGGCCCCGCGUCCGCGCCCAGGAACGACCGCCGCACGCACAGGCACCGCGCCAAAGAGGCCGAAGCCCCCGGGGCUGCACCGGCAGACUACGGUAAUUUCCCCAGACCCCACAAGAAGUACCCGCUGAUGUUCGAGGACGAGGAGAACACGGAGGCGUCCAAGCGAGCCACGGAGGACCUGGACGAGCAGUACACACCUCAGAGUCUUGCCAAUUUACGCUCCAUCUUCGAAGAGCUCGGGAGGAUGCCCACGGUCGGCGGUCAGAAGAGAGACGUGUUCGGGGACGACGAGGAUGAGCAGCAGCAGCAGCAGGAGGAGGGGGAGGGGGAGGAGGAGGAGGGGGACGGGUUCAGCCCGAGGAGCCAGGCCUACGAGGACGUGGCCGGGGGAGAGGAGUGGGUCCCGGUAGAGGAGAGGGAGGAGACGGAGGAGAUGGUCAACGGCAGCCACGAAGAGAUGGACAGAGCGCUCGGCGAGCGGGAGGAGAUGCAGCGCCGGGCCGGCCAGAACCGAGAGGAGGCGGACGAUGGCACCAAACUGGUAGACUACUACCUGUUGAAGGUCCUGGAGAUGAGCGACCGCACGCAGAAGAGGGAUAAGACCGGGGAGCAGAGGAAGAGGCUGAUCCGCCCCUCCAUCUUGGACCCCCGGACAGUGAAGGAGCUGCUGCAGCUCUCCCUGAAGCUCCACGUCCCCCCGCAGGACCUCAUCGACAUGCUGCUCACAGAGGAGCUCCGGAAGCUCCACCGCGUCCCCCAAGCCCCGGCGCGCUACACAGCCGGCCAGACCCCCAGGAUCAGGUACUACAGCCGCCGCCUGCCGGUGAAGAGCAAACCCCCCGCCGAGGACAUGGACAGAGAGGACUUUUUGGACAUCAUCGGGGUGGAGACUAUCAGCAACGAGUAUCCCCUGGUGCAGAGACCCAUGAAGACCCCUCCCUCCUCGGGCAGAAUCCCCCCGGCGUCCAAGCCCGCUGCAAACCCCGCUCCAGUCAAAGUCCCCGCUCCGUCCGGGCGCAGGGAGAACCUCUUCAUGUCCGAGCUCAACAAAAUGCCUCUGAAACGUCAGGCCAGCGUCGCCGACGACGACGAGGAGGAGGAGGAGGAGGACGGCGGUGACGUGGAGGACGAGGUGACGACCUACCUGGCGGCCAAAAUCUUCACGGAGUACCCCAACAGCAUCGCCAAGCGGGACACCCAGGCGCAGCUGAAGGGGCAGUUCCCCUACGAGCUGUACGAGCGCGCCAUGAAGGACUACCUGGGCCAAGUGGACUCCGCGAAGAGGCCAGUGGCCAAGAGGGAAAGCGAGGUGGCCACGGAGGAGAACGCACAGCCCACAGAGAUGCAGGAGAUGGGGGCCGAGACCUCGGCUCCACAGACCGUGAAUGAAGAGGAGGAGGGGGAGGGGCACCGUGAAAUGUCAGUGGCAGGGAUGUAGCCUGACCCCCCCCCCUCCCCGCCCCCCCUUCAAGACGCACGAAAUUAUGAAUAUAGUAUUUAUACUGUCUCAAAAAUAACAGUUUGGUGGACGUGAUCUAGUUUACAAAUUUAUAUUAUAUGAACUAUAGCUGGUAAUAUCACCCUAAAGGAAAUUAUCUAUAGCAACCUUACAGGUCCAAUACAUUUUAUUUUGAAAAACAAAACAAAAUCAUCACACUAGUCCCUAUACUUGCUGCAAGAAUAGUUUAGUUUAGUAAUAUUAUACUGAGGACAUUAAAGGCGCAAUCAGUGCACAAAUGAAAAACAUAUCCUCAAUUUGCUAAUUAAUACACUGAUCGACUACAAGAACAAAAAUUGGCGUUAUUAAAAGUUUUUUGAUGUUGUUGAAAGUUUGUUAACAUUAAUUGUGUUCGUAAGCAGGCCUAUAUUUCAAACUAUAAUCAGCUGAGUAAUGUUUAAAAGAAAAAAAAGCUUAUUUUUCAUGUCAAACUAUUCAAAUACAUAUGUGAAUAUACAUGUAAAUUAUAAAGUAUAAUGAUAACUGGGCCUCGCAAGCAUACAGUUUAAUGACAGGAGUACUUAUGGAAUAUUUUUGUUCAGACGCAGUGUGCUGGGCUGAAAAACGAGUGAUUGUUGUGACUCGUUCUAUAUUCAGGGUUAGUGGAUGUAAUGUUACUAUUAUUGGAUAAUUAUUUCCAAGUCUAAAUAUCAGACCGUCGCCUGCCUUCCGACCCUUUCAUACUGCGAAGCUCUGUAUCGUUGGCCUACCAGUGGUUGUGCUAUGUAUGCUCAUUUUUAAACCAUUUUGUACAUGUUCAAUAAUGUGUGAUGAAUCACAGAUGAAUAAAGCAUCAGCGGUAUUAUUUUUCUU